UUAUUAAAUUAAUACUAAGAUUAAUAUUAUAUAGUUGUAUUAAUUAUAAUAUUUUAUUCAUAGUAUUUUCUGGUUGAUGACUGCUACAAGUAACACAGACUUUGUAAACAAUAUUUAAUUAACGUCAUAGACUUAAAAAUAUAAAAUCAUACAAUAUUAUUGUCUAUAAACUAUAACUUUACAGUAUCAUGAAUUGAAACUACUAGUUUAAAUUAACCAUUAACUAUUUAAUAUUUUAAUAUCAAUGAUAUAAUAUAAUAUUUCUUGAUUAUACUAAGCAAUGGAGAGCAACCGGGAUGAGGCAUCCCGCUGUAUUGAGUUGACUAGAUUAUACAUUAAGAAAAAGGAUUUGGAUAAUGCUUGGAAAUUUUCAGUUAAAGCUAAUAAAAUGUAUCCAACAACUGAAACAAAAAGUCUAAUGAAAAAAUUAAAAUCAUCAAUAAAACAUUCAAAGCAACGAUCAAAGAAACAAAAUCAAUCAGAUCAUUCUGAUUCAUCUUAUAAUGGUGAUAAUUCCAAUUCAUCUUCCAGUACUGAGUACAAUACUAAACAACCACAAAAAAAGUCAAAAAAAAACCACAAAUCAAGUACUACUUAUUCAUAUAAGAUGUUUAAAGAGAUAAAUAAAGAUGAAUCUUUUAAGUGUCUCGAAAAAGCAGAGCAAUACAUCCAAAGCAAACAAUUUGAGUUGGCAGAAAAGUUUAUUCUCAAAUCAAAAAAGCUUUUUCCAAUACCCAGAGCUGAUGAACUCUUAAAACAGCUUCAAGAAACAAAAGAUACCACUAAGCAAACAAAAGAUACCACUAAGCUUGAUUAUACAGAAGAACAGGCAAAUUUUGUUAAAAAAGUGAAAAAUAGUCAAAAUUACUAUACAAUGUUAGACAUUAAAACUACUGCAACUAUUCCUGAAAUAAAAAAAGCAUAUAAAAAAUUAGCUUUGUUAUUGCAUCCUGAUAAAAAUUCUGCACCUGGUUCAGGAGAAGUUUUUAAAGAUGUUAGUAAUGCUGUUGACACAUUAUGUGAUAGUACAAAACGUAAAAUAUAUGACCAAACUUUAAGAAAAGCUUCUACUUCUACAUCUACAAAUUAUUCUCAAAGUUCCUACCGAAAUCAAUCUUCUUAUUACAAUACAAGAUAUAGUGGAAAUGAAAACCCUUAUAGAUUCUAUCAUGCUUCAAAUGGUUCAUCAGAAAGUGAAGAAGAUUAUUUGACUGAAGUUGAAUUCUUUGAUACUUAUGAUUAUUAUGAUUCAUUUGAUUGCUAUGAUCAUAAAACAGUAAACCAUUCAAAAAAUUUUGUUGAUCCAACUACUGGAGCUCAUACACAAGCAAUUAAAUGUUCAUGGGGAGUAUUAAAAACUAAAAUCCUACGAAAAAUGCAUGGAACAUCAGAUGAGAUGUUACCACGUCAUUUAAUUGAGGCAUGUUAUUCUCACCAAUCACAAACACAAUUAACUAUGGAAGUAAACAAAGAUGAAGCUUAUCGUUGUUUAGAUCGUGCUGAAUAUUAUAUUGCCGAGGGCGAUGUCGAAAAAGCAGAAAAGUUCAUAAAUAAGAGCAAAAAGCUGUUUCCAAUUUCUGAAGCAGAUGAACUAUUAAAAAAAUUAAAGACUCAAGGUCCAAAAAAGCAUUCAACAUCAAAUGUAAAACCUGAUGGACAAAAUGCUAAAAAACGUAAAAUUACUCCUCCAGGUAGCCCUAGAGCAGAAAAAGCUAAUCAGCCAACUUAUACAAAAGCACAAUUGGACACUGUCAAAAAAGUUAACAAUUGCAAAGAUUUCUAUGAGGUGCUUAGCAUAAAAAAAGAUGCUACUGAUACUGAAAUAAAAAAAGCAUAUAAAAAAUUAGCCUUAGUAUUACAUCCAGAUAAAAAUCAUGCACCUGGAGCAGCUGAAGCGUUUAAAACUGUUGGUAAUGCAGUCGCCACUUUAACUGAUGCAGAAAAACGAAAACGUUAUGAUAUGGUUGGUCAUGAUAAUUCUACAUCAGAUCAUGUACACAGAAAUUAUGAUCAUGGAUUUGAAUCGGAUAUUACAGCUGAGCAAUUAUUUAAUAUGUUCUUUAAUGGAGCUUUUCCAACAAGACAAGGACCAAUGACAAACCCAUACUAUACUCGAUCAUUUUCAAGACGUUGGCCACCUGAGACUGAUAAUGAUAAUCAUCAACAACAGGAAUCAUCAAGUAUAUAUUUUCAACUGUUACCAAUUCUUCUUCUACUUCUACUAUCAUUGUUUUCAAACUUUUCUUAUGACCCUGUGUAUGCUCUAAAACAUUCCUCGAAGUAUCCUGUUCAUCGUCGUACUUCAUUCAGAGACAUUUCAUAUUUUGUGAAAGAUAAUUUUCAUACUGACUAUACAGGCGAUUUAAGACGUUUAGAACAUACUAUAGAAGAAGAUUAUAUAAAUACAGUACGGACAAAAUGCAUACGUGAAAAAGAAUACUAUGAAUCAUUAAUGUGGAGAGCACGCUUAGAUGAUGAUUCUACCUUAUUCAAUAAAGCUUCUAAAUAUCAAAUGAAAUCUUGUGAAGAGUACCAAACAUUGAUGAAACAAAAAUAUAAAUAAAUCCAUUUUCUACAAUAUCA